GAGACGAUCGCGAAACAUCCCAACCUUUCUCAGCCCCAAACUGUCACCUGUUCGAGCUCCUUCUGUCGCAUCAUUCAGUGCAUUGACGAUGAGCCGCAUCGCCACCACUCCUUUCGAUAGGUCAGAUGCGGACGUCAUACUUCGUGCAGCCGACCUCGUGGAGUUCCGCGUCCACAAAAAUAUCCUGGCGAUAUCGUCCUCAUUCUUCGAGACCAUGUUCAGUCUGCCACAGUCACGCCAAGAGGUCGGGAAGGCUCUCCCGGUGGUGCCAGUAACAGAGAGGAGUGCCACGAUUGAUACACUUCUGCGGAUCAUCUAUCCUGUCAGAAAUCCAUUCAUCGCUUCCGUGAAACUCGCACACGAUACGCUCGAGGCUGCGCUCAAAUACGAUAUGGUGGUAGCGGCAGAUUAUACGAAGCAAGAAUUGUCGGGAUUCAUCUACACGGAGCCGCUUCGUGUCUUUGCCAUUGCCUGUAUACAUGGUCUCGAGAAGAUCGCCAAAAAAGCGGCAGACGAGGCGGUCACCAGGGGCACUAUAGCUGGUUCGUACGUUCCUGAACUGGAACAUAUCUCCGCUGCGUGCUAUCAUAGGCUGUUGCAGUACGAGCGCGUCACCGCCAAGGAAAGGAUUUCAUUCGAAUUUUGCCGUAGCCAGACCACGAAGGAAGACCCCAGCAAACCGAAGGUUACUGCUCCAUCAGACGAUCACAGCCCGGCAUACCUAUUCAAUGAAGCUGCCGAUGUCGAGAUCGUCACGUCAGACAAAGUGCGCUUCCGAGUAAACGGUGAUAUAAUCAGCCUCGCCUCGCCUGUCCUCUGCGACAAACUGCUUAAAGCGAGACGCGAGACAAAGCAUUAUGCACUGCAUGGCAUUGCCACAGGUCGGACGCGUUCAGUCCUUACCGUACCGGAACAAAGCAGCACGAUGAAGGCACUUUUGCAGUUAUGUUACCCUUCAGACAUGCCAGUUUUGAGCGAUCAAUCGAUCUUGAUCUCGGUGUUCUGCGCUGCUAAGACCUACGAGAUGAAAAGGGCGGUGGAUCUCCUAUGGGGGAAAUGGUCAGAGUUCACUUCAUCCAAUCCAUUGCUAUCAUUCUUCAUCGCAUCAUCCAUUGAAUAUCGAGAAGCGACCACACUCGCCGCUAAAGCGCUCCUGUCCAAAACAAGAAGUGAGCUCAAAACAACGUACAUCGACUACAUGGAAAUCGCGAAGGCGGGCCCCUACUAUCGCCUCUUGGAAUAUCACAAGAGUUGCUGUCGAGUGGCUCGUGAUCUCCUUUAUUCACGAUCUAGCCUAUCACAGCAGUUUCGAGACAAAGUCAAUGCCAUGCGAUGUCGACACCAUACACAUGCAGUGUCAUCAGUGCCAGCAAUUGCUUCAUCCUCAGUUGAACCGGAUUGGGCUCGUGCAUAUCUAUCGUCCGCUAAGGAGCUUCUGGCUGUCCUGCCAGAUGCUUCUGUGGCCAGGAGUGAUGCCGUGCUCGGAGAGUUGCUCCUUCAGUACACGACCAGCGCUUGUAGCUCUUGUCGUAAAAAAGCAGGCCUCGCCAUUGGCGUAUGUACCGCAUUGGAAAAUGAAAUUGAGAAAGCGAUCACGAAGGUAAAAUUUGAAUCUGAUUGACUUCGUUAUUUUUUCAAGGACGAACGCGUACUUUUUCAGGUCGAUACCGCCAUGCUUUUCAAUAAGUAUUGCAGCCCGUUCGGAUUGAUGCCGAAAAACCACUUUAGCCGCGCACUGUAUGCUGUAUGAAGGUGAAACCAACAUGGUCACUUACGGGUCCAUCCCCUUAUUUUCUAACGUAUGAUCUGCUUUCCGUUCAUGCCUGUUUGUUUCUCCACCAGCUUGCUGAUGACAGCACGGCUUGAUAUAUAUUGCAUUGCGACGAAAAAAUUGCUUAUGACGCCGC